AUGAGUAUUUGCAAGUUGAAAAAUGCUGUUUCUCUUUUUCCGAGAUCAUCUUUUACAGAUGGUGUAGUAAGCACAAGUAAAAGUUUCCGUAGUUGGGACACCUGCAUGGACAACAAAGCAUGUAAAAUUAUUGCAAUUGUGGGUAUCGUAUUGGCUAGCAUACUAGUAAUUUGGCUAAUCGGAGGACUACUGACAUGUUUCAGACAGGGGGUAACAGGUAUUGGCCAGUUCGUUUGUUGGUGCUGUCAUUGUUCUGGUAACCAAAAUAGGAAUAACGGAAUGCCCGUAAAUGAGGGCUUUAAUAGAGUCAAUAUGGGUGCGGUACCUCCUUCUACAGUUAUCUACCAACCCAUUCAACAACCUGAAAACGCAUAUUAUAGAAACGAUGCGAAACCCGACACAUUUUAUGAUGAAGUUAAAACACCAAGUAAUGAAGUUUAUGAAUUAGAAGAGGAUUUCGAUUUAGAGAAGCAAAGAGAAAAGACCAGAAGGAAACAAAGGAGACAGAGAAACAAAGAAGGACAAAGCCCUAGUAGAGUGGCGCCUCUAGUUUACGAUGAAGAUCCUACUGAAAAUGAUAUUCCUCAGCCUCAAUACGAUGCAAGAGGCUCAUUCAUUCAAAACGCAAACAAUACCAAUACCAAUAGCAAUAGCAACACUAACCUCACCGGUCAACCCCCAAUAUUUGAUAUCAGCGAUUACGGUGAAAACUAUUACUAUAAUAACAAUAACGCUCAGGGCAACAGCAACAAUGCACACAUCCCAGAUCACAGGAGUCCGUACCCGACUGAAAGUCACCAACCAUACCAAGGCUACAAUCCAAACCAAAACCAGAAUGGAAGAUAUUACUGA